GCAAAAGUUCACGCAAAAAAAAGUUACAUCAUUCUUUGAAGUUUAAACCGAAUUUAAAAGAGGGAGAGGGAUGUUAGAAAAGAAGAAACCGGAAAAAUUAAAAGCUGAAAGAAGAAGAUUAAAGAAAUAGAAGAUAAGCUAUUAAAUAUGAAGUAAUUGUCUUAGCGGUUACCACAAGAGUGAAGUUGUGCCACUGAAGUUUGAAGAUGGAGAGAAGUACAAUUGAAGAUGGAGAGACGAAAAUUGACGCUAAGUCUUGGAAAGAAGUGAUAAUUAUCUACUAGGUUUAUUAAGUUUUUCUUAAGAAACUUUAUAAUGCAUUGGCCCAAAAGAGUUUUUGUAUAAGAGGCCCAAUAGCUUUUUAAAAAUAACCCUUAUAAUUGUUGAAAUUCUUAUUAAAACUGAGGCUUACGCCUCUGUUACGCCUUACCGCCUUAGACCGCCUCAACAUUGUGAGGCGUACGCCUUAGGCUACUGAGCCUCAGAGGCGAAAUGCAAUCGCCUUACCGCCUCACCGUCUCGAGGCGGACCACCUCGGUCGCCUUUUAAAAUCAUGCUGGUAACCAAUAGCAUGACCUGAGCUUAAACACACGGUAAAUUAAACAUGCCAAAGGAACUCCAAACAAAGAAAAGACAAUUACUCUAUUAGAACUCAUAGCUAAUCACACAUUCUCCUGGAAAAACAAUCUAAAACAAUCUUUAGUGAGUCUAGUGCAACCACCUGUUGGCUAGCACAAAGAUUGAGAGUGGCUAAACACAAUAUGGUUAUGUUGAAGCACCCUUGACACUUAGACGUCCGUGAAGAAAGAGUACUACACAAGGUGACUUGUGCUUCCUCAACUCCUCUUGCCCUCGAGAGAAGGGCUUGACAAAUAAUCAGUGAGGAGACCCAUUUUUGGUGAGAAUGCCAGGAAACAACACACCAAGAGAGUGGAUGUGUGUGUGUGUGUAACGAAAAUCAUAUGAAUUUGGGACUGAGCUAUGUUGGUUUUUUGUGAAGUUGUUUUGAAAGUGGGAGCAGUGCUGGGAGUAUUUGGCAAAGUAAAGCCAAGUGUUGUUGAUAAGCCCCUAGAAAAGCUCUGAGAUGCAAUGCUAAACAAAAUAAGGGGAAAAGGGGCUUUCAAGAUCCAUGGUUGUCUCCUCAGAAAAAAGAGCUCUAGUAAUGAGAUUGAGCCUCUUUUAAGAAAUUGUGCAAGUAGUGUCUUAUGAAAUUUUCCAAAACAAUAGUACCAUUAUUCAAGUGCCCUUACUGUCCCACGGAGAUUGAACUGGCUCUUAUCAGAGAUAAGUCGGAUCAGUCAAAUAUAGUGAUCCAAAUCCUAUACAAAAGUCUAAACCGCUCGGCCCAUGUUUUGAUGCGUCAAACGGAUGCGUGGCUAUGGAUGACAAGGGUCGUAUGUUCCCCUCUCAUACACGCACCUGGGAUUGUGCAGAACCCGAAUUGAAGAAGAAGAGGCUCGAUGGAAGCGACGGGGACAGCAACAGCGAUGGGAGCAGCGGCGGCCGCGGCGGCGUCAGCCACAGCACCGUAUUCAUUGGGAACGAACAGGACGAUGAGUACUUUGAGGAGCACAAGCACUUGCUUGAGCCAGAACACUACGAGAAGUGGACUCAGGAGGAAAAACGACAAUACGGACGCUACAUUCACCAGCUUGGUCUCUCUAAUUGCUAUUAUCUCGACUUUUUCCCAACAAUUAUCUCUGGGUAUGGGGCUAGACCCAUCGAUUUCAGCAAUGAGGAUUAUGAAGAGUAUUCUCUCGAGGUCAAUAGGUGCAUCGAGGUUGCUCUGGGAAAGCAAAAGGAGGAGGAACUGGAAUUGGUUGACAUAGUGAGGGCCAUUCUCUCUACCGGUUAUGGCUCUCUGUAUUGGAUAACUAUGGAUGUCAGGAAUAAAUGUACCGGAGAAAUCAAAACCUGCAUUUGUAAAGUACACCAUGGAGUUAAGGGUGGAGCUGAGGAUGAUAUGAUCGUCGAACAUUUCAAGUUUAUCCCUUCUAACUUUAAAUAUAUGCAAGGAACAACAUUGAAUGAACAUGCUGCAAGCCUUUUUGGUACUGCUUAAAUCCCCAGAGAAAGCUCCGAUCCAAAUCUCGGGUUCUCUCUCCUGCGCUCUCUUGUGCGAUCUGACAAAUGGAAUUGGCUGAGAAGAAGGGUCGUUGGAGUUACAAGCGGGUCUGAGGAUGAUAUUAUUGUAGAACAUUUCAAGUUUAUCCCUUCAAACCUUAAAUAAAUGUGAGGUACUUCAAAUUGAUAAACGGAAGCAAUCCACAAGAGAUUAGUAAGAGACAUCACAUCUGUUCAACUCAUAGUUGUCAGGUUGCCAAGGUGAGGCAAACUCUGAGACCGGCAGCUCCAGAGUUCUCUAUCCGGAUAUCAUGUGUUUAGACUUCCCCUUUUAGCGCCUGCACACAAUCCCAAGCCACCCAUCUUGAACACCAAACAUCGUUUGUGGAUAGGUACAGUUAUUGGAGGAAAUUUUAUGUAUCCAUCAUUGCUCAACAAAGCAAAACAAGAAUGUAUAAGAGAUAAUUCUACAUGAAAUAAGAACUGUUGGGGAAAACUGUGGACAGAUAAAAGGGCCAUUGGAGUACAGUAGGGCGGUUUGUUACUAAAGCUGUAUUGGUUUUUUUUCAGAAGGCUCUAUCAAUUGUAUUUUGACAGCUCUGGCUCGAAACCAUUCUGUUAGGGGUUUACAAAUCAAUCAUGGCAAAUCUCAGAUAAAAGUGGGUGGUAUUUCUGAUAAGCAAGAAGGCAGAAUCAUGGAGAUGGCUAGAAUGUGCAAAGAGGUAGAUUACAGACUAAAGCCAGGACGAGUCGAUUCAUGGAUCCUACGUGUACCUUGUGUGAAGCUGACAGUGAGGAUGCAGGCCAUUACUGUGCAGCUGCCCUAAUGGGAGUGCUGUUUGGGACAAGUUAAGCUCUUGGGCUAAUAUGAAAUUCAACAUGACAUGGUUGGUACCCAGCCUCACUACAAGAUCAAGAAUCCAACUCAAAUUAAACUUUUUAGAAAUUUUAGAAAAAAAAAAUGAAAUUGUGUGGUUGCGAUUUAUGUAGUAGUGAAACAUUUAGUCAAUCUGAUUUUUGAAGUUCAUUAUGGGUCAUCACGAAACAACUGUCGCUUUAUGUUUUAAACACAGUAGUUAGGUUGCAUAUAUCCGACCCCUUCUUACCCUAGCAUAGAGGGAGACUUUGAGGUAGUGUUGUA